AUGACUAAGAAGUGUAUAUGUCAGAUAUGUACGUGUGGUCGUCACAAAUGUCCCCACAAUCCCAAUCCGACGGUUAUUUCCGGACCGUGCCCAUUCUCCGAGUACACCCAGGAGUAUAAGGAGCACCCCUUAGAGGCCAGGGUUAACUACAAGCCCCAGUACCAGCUGAAAACUAACCAGGGGCCUAUGGACGACAUGACCACACACAAGUUUGAUUACAUACCGUACGAAGUUGAAAAACCGUACAAACGACAGACGGAGGCUUGGCAGAAACCGGAAGGGAAUAUGGAAGUUAUAACGAACUACCAUAAAGAUUUUACUGAGAAACCUCUGGAUAUAAUUAGAUCGUUUAAACCGGAAGAAGUUAAGAAAAGUUUGGGGAAAUUUGAAGGAGAGCCUACGUACCAAGCCGAUUACAAGCCGUGGGAAUCAAAGCCUCGAGUCAAAUUCGGUCCUCCGGAACCGAAUACCCAACUCUCGGACCAACCCUUUCACGGUAAUACCAACUAUCAAACCGACUUUAUACCGUAUAAAACGAUUCCCUCGACUAAGAGUAUGAAACCGAUAACCGGUCCGGUACAUAGCGAUGCUCCAUUUAUUGACGCGACCGAUUAUAAAGAGAGUUAUGUGCAAUAUCCAAUUGAAGCGAAGAUAGCGAAGGCGAAAGUGAACUGGCAACCGACUGAUCUGCCACCUAUGGACGAUUUGUCAAGUUAUAAGAAGGAUUAUAUAGCCAAGGAUUCCCAGAAGCCGGUUAGUUUCAAGCCGGAUCAGACCCCGUAUAGCUCGCAGGCGGCCUUCGACGAGACGACAACCCACAAGACAGAUUUCAUGCCGUGGUUACUUGACCUUAAGAGGCCUAACAAACGCACCGAAAACUACCAGAAACCAGACGGCCAGAUGACCUUUGACACGACGACUCAACUGGACUACCCCGCCUACCCCAACCAGCCCCCAACAAGAGUGAUCCCGAAUUAUCAAGAUAGCUUCGGUCGGGACAAGCCUCGCUUUGACGCUACCACCAAUUACACGAUUGACUACAAGCGCUGGAGUGUUCAAGGAACCGACCGAGUCAAAAAACUCUCCGAUUACGUACCAAGUGAUGUUCCUUUCAACGGUAUACCGACUUACCAAACCGAUUUUGUUCCUAAGCAGUUGGUGUUCACAAAAAGCGCGCGUCCAGUGCAAGGAGCGUUUAAAAGUGAUGCUCCUCUCGAUGAUUCAACCGAAUAUAAGGUGGAAUUUUUCAAAAAAUCUGUCGAGCCAUGUCCGGUACCGAAUGUGAAAAGUGGUGCAGAUUCCAGGUACGAGUUUGUCACUCAAGAUGACGUCGGUCAUUUGUGGUACCGUAUUUAUUCGGCUAGUCACGGUCAGAAGAACGGCGCUGGUGGUGGUAAUAAUAGUGAUGGGCGAAUGAUACCGGUCGAGACCAAUUGA